CUUCUACUUUCUCCACUCCUUCGCAACUGCUCCCAAUAGCUUUUUAGACGCCCUAUAACCCUCGCGCACUGUUAUCAUCUGCCUCGCCCGUACCAAUUAAAACCUAUUUGACGAGUGUAGCAUUGUCUAAAGACGCAUAAUACAAGGACACGACGCCUUAGUGAUCGACGACGGUAUAUCCUCAGCGAAGCUCAAAUGCAUCCUUCAGAAUCCCGGCUUGACAACCCAAAUGCUCACUCGAAAUCCAUUACCACAGCUGACGGCACGGAGACUUAUGGGAUCCUGAAUCAACAUUCAAACAAUAACACCCGAUACCAGGUGGGCAUCUCGGAGGAUAAGGGCACUCGUCGGUACAUGGAGGAUGCCCACUCCUUCAUUGUCGACUUUGCAGGCGUGCGGGGCCAAGGUUUCUUUGCCGUUUUCGACGGUCAUGCGGGUAAACACGCUGCCGAAUGGUGUGGAGCCCACUUCCAUGAACACCUUCUAGAUACCCUCAACGCACACCCGGAUGCCGCUAUUCCCGACGUCUUGAACGAAACUUUCCAUAGCGUCGAUAAAAGUAUCUCACAGAUGUGCCAGGAGUCGGAUGGCAAGAUCCAUUCAGGUUGCACUGCGGUCACCGCCUUCCUUCGAAUUGAAGAUACCAAUGGCAAGCAACCCUUCCUCACAGACCCAGGCACACCAAAGGAGUCUGGACCCUUCCUUCAAGACGAUGACGCGACUCAUGAUCAAGGUAAUGGGUCCGAUUCCGGCAGCGGUGACUCUGGAGAGGAUGGCAGAAUGAAGAAAAAUGCAACCAACGCUAGCAGAAUCUCGCGUGCUCUCAGGUCUUUGGGCGGAGGUUCUUCAUCGCUUACUUCAUCGAUGGACGAUAAUCCAAAAGGUGCAUCCAAAUCUAAUGUUGACUCUGGCGUGGUGUUGCCCCCGCCUUCGCUGCGACGCGUCCUAUACAGUGCAAAUUGUGGGGAUGCACGAGCCGUUUUGUGUCGCGCUGGCAAAGCUGUCCGUCUGACGUACGAUCACAAGGGAUCUGACAAGCAAGAGGCCAAGAGGAUAGUUGACGCUGGCGGUUUUGUCAUGAGCGGUCGCGUCAAUGGAGUUUUGGCUGUCACCCGGAGCCUAGGUGAUUCAUCGAUGAAAGAGUUUGUUGUCGGUUCUCCGUAUACAACCGAGACGGAGCUCUGUGACGAUGAUGAGUUUCUGAUUCUUGCUUGCGAUGGGCUCUGGGAUAUCACUGGUGAUCAAGGCGCUAUCGAGCUUGUGCGGCACGUCAAAGAUGCGCAACAAGCCAGUCAGGCUUUGGUCAACUAUGCCCUUUCUCGUCAAACCAACGAUAAUGUGACCGUUCUCGUCGUGCGGUUCAAGUAGAUUUGAUGCUUCCUUCUUCAACCCGUUUAUUUUUCAGUGCUUUGGCUAUCGUAAAGUCUGUGGUCGGUCUUUCUCAACAUCUGUAGUGGAAAUGCUAAUCAUCCACACUUAGCUCUGGCUUGUUCAUCAGUAUUUUCUCCAUUAAGAUUGUGUGAUGAACCAUUCGACAUCACAUAUCCUACAAUACAUGGCACAUGAACUGUACCUUCAUAUCUCCCUCUCCCCCAACUAAUUUGUCCUCAUUAACUGUCAUUCACGCAUUAAAAUGUAAGAACAAUUAGUCAACCCCAAGAGUGUAUAAAAGACGUAAUUGAAAAUACUAGGAAAACACUAGAAUAUAUUAUACAUGGUAUUGACACAAUAUUAUAAG